CAGAGUGCUCCUUUAUAUCAGUUGUCCCCAGCAGAGUGGCCCUUUACAUCAGGUAUUCCUGUCAGAUACCUCUUUCCAUCAUAUUUUCCCAUCAGAGUGCCCCUUUACAUCAUAUUCCCCAUAAGAGUGCCCCUUUCCAUCACAUGUGCCCAUCAGAGUGCCCCUUUCUAUAGUAUGUGCCCCUAUGUGCCCCCUUAACAUAACAUGUGCCCAUCAAAGUGCCCCUUAAUAUGAAAUGUGACAUAUUAACCAGACCAUUCCCCCACUAUUCAUCCUGAAGGAUCC